GAUGAUGCCGUAAAAUCAACCACAUCUGUUGCAUCUGUGUCAUCUCCUUCUUCUUCUACACAUCAUCCACCAUGCCCUCCGAGAGUCUCAUUAGGUGGUCCCACAGGGGCCUCUUUGCCCUCGUCGCCAUCGCCUCCCUCAUCUCCCUCAUCAUCUCCGCCGUCCUCGUCGGCUACUACAACAAGCAUGGGUAUCCCAGUCACCACACCCACGCCUACCGUGACAGAAUCCGCAUCCUCUUGGUGGCGAGUGUCUGGACCAUGGCUUGGGCCUUGAUCCUCAUCAUUGGCUUCGCGGUCAUGGGAACCAGUGCCGUCUUUGGCCUCAUCACCCACCUCGUUCCUAUCGCCAUCGCCUUCCUGCUUUUCCUCAUCGGCGUCUCUGCCUUGACCGGCUUGACGGACAAGAUCAGCUGCUCAACUUCUUCCGAGACGUUCAGCAAGUGCAAAUCUGUCAAGGGUCUCGUCGUCAUUAGUUGGAUUGACACGUAUGUACAGUGGUAUGCUGUUGUACCCCGUGCUGACUCUAUGAUAGCAUCUUCAUCUUUGCGGCUCUGAUCUUCUUGAUCACCCUCGCUGUCAUCGCCAGGGGCCGUUACGGCGCCCGUCGCUCCACCCUUUACCUCGAUUAACUUGCACGCAGUGAAUACAGGGGCAUCAACGAUGGAGAUACUACAAGUCACAAUGGACUCUAAUCAUAGUGUGGAUAGCAGCCUUAUAAUUGCCGUCAAUCACAUAUCAAUAUGAAGAAAUAUUUUCCUUGAAACGCUGGAUCUCGUGGGGUACGACGGCGAUCACUCAACUCAGUGGC